UACCAAAUCGGUAUAUAAGGUGCGUACGCGCAUUUAUUGGUCACAGAACAAAUUUACUUCGGUAGCAACGGUCUCAAACAUGCGUUCCCUUGUAUUAUUCGCUCUCUUUGCGGUGGCUGCGGCCAAGCCCACUCCCGGAUUCCUCUCUGGUUGGGAUGAACCCUCUCUAAGCUAUGGACAUGAAGCGGCACCCGCUCUCACAAUAUCGCACGCAGCGCCCGUGUACCAAGCAGCCCCUGUAGUCCACGCUGCCCCGGUGUACCACGCUGCCCCUGUGGUCCAUGCUGCGCCUGUUGCAGUCGCUAAAGCGGCUACUAGCUACUCUUCCUUCCAACGUGUGAUCCACCCUGUCCAACAUCAAGUUGUUGCACAGCCCGUGGUUCAUGCAGCCCCCGUGGUCCAUGCUGCCCCAGUGAUCGCCCAACCCAUCGUCCAUGCUGCCCCUGUCAUCUCUCAUGCCCCGAUCGCCACCUACGCUCAAUCCUACGGUCAUGGGUGGUAGAUGGUUAACUUAUAUGUAUUGUAAAUAAUGUUUAUGUCUGUGCGCGUUGAGAUCAUGCCCGAUGUGUCGGGGUGGUGCAAAUAAAUAUUUAUAUCAGUAUUUGUA